UAGCAAUGGCCUUAAAUUAUUGACUAAGAUGAACCAUCUCUAUGCGUCUUCUGAUAUUGUGUUUCUUACUUUCAGCUAUAUAGGUAAGUCCUAGUACUGUUCAGUGGCAAUAAGUAAUCACCUUGUUGAUGAGCGUGAAGCAAAGGACCUGGACAUAAGAAGAAUGUCUUCAUCACGUCGCCAUUCGGAGGACUUGCCAUACGUUCACAAGGUGGGCGUGCCUCCUAAGCAGGACCUUUUGAAGGAGUUCACAGACACUGUGAAAGAAACUUUCUUUGCAGAUGACCCCUUAAGACCUUUUAAAGACCAGCCAAGAUCGAGACAAUUUGUACUUGGUCUUCAAUCCCUUUUCCCAAUUCUGGAAUGGGGAAGGGAUUACAACCUUACCAAACUUAGAGGUGAUCUCAUUGCUGGAUUCACCAUUGCAAGCCUCUGUAUUCCUCAGGAUAUUGGAUAUGCAAAGCUUGCAAAUCUUGCUCCUCAAUAUGGUUUAUACAGUAGCUUUGUUCCACCACUUAUCUAUGCCUUCAUGGGUAGCUCAAGAGACAUUGCCAUAGGACCAGUAGCUGUGGUGUCUCUCCUGAUUGGAACUAUGUUGCAGGAUGUGAUUGAUCCAACUGAAAAUGAAGUUGAGUAUAGGCGGCUUGCAUUCACUGCUACAUUCUUUGCGGGCAUCACUCAGGCCACACUAGGUUUCUUUAGAUUGGGUUUCUUGAUUGACUUCUUAUCUCAUGCUGCUAUUGUCGGGUUUAUGGCUGGAGCUGCCAUUACCAUUGCCCUUCAACAACUUAAAGGCUUGCUGGGCAUAAAGAAGUUCACAAGGAAAACCGAUAUUAUCUCUGUUAUGCACUCAGUAUGGAGCACAGUACAUCAUGGGUGGAACUGGGAGACCAUAGUCAUAGGAUUAUCAUUCUUGGCUUUCCUUUUGUUGGCCAAGUAUAUUGGCAAGAAGAACAAGAAAUUAUUUUGGGUGCCUGCAAUUGCUCCCUUGAUCUCUGUCAUACUUUCAACCUUUUUUGUGUAUAUCACUCAUGCUGAAAAACAUGGUGUUCAAAUUGUCCCACAUAUUAGAAAAGGUGUCAAUCCACCAUCUCUUCAUGAAAUAUAUUUCACAGGAGGGUAUGUCAUUAAAGGCUUUAAGAUCGGUGUUGUGGUCGGUUUGAUAGCUCUAACGGAAGCUAUAGCAAUUGGAAGAACAUUUGCAGCCAUGAAGGGGUAUCAGCUGGAUGGAAACAAAGAAAUGGUAGCAUUAGGAACUAUGAAUAUUGUGGGCUCAAUGACAUCUUGUUAUGUUGCUACAGGAUCCUUUUCUCGGUCAGCAGUGAAUAACAUGGCUGGCUGCCGCACAGCAGUUUCCAACAUAGUGAUGUCCUGCAUUGUAUUGCUAACUUUGGAAGUUAUCACACCAUUAUUUAAGUACACCCCGAAUGCCAUACUCUCUUCUAUCAUCAUAUCUGCUGUGCUAAGCCUAAUUGACAUUCAAGCAAUAGUUCUGAUAUGGAAGAUCGAUAAAUUUGACUUUGUUGCUUGCAUGGGAGCCCUUUUUGGUGUGGUUUUUGCUUCUGUUGAGAUAGGGCUCUUAAUUGCAAUCUCCAUAUCCUUUAUCAAAAUCCUCCUGCAAGUGACUAGGCCCAGGACCACAAUACUUGGGAAGCUCCCAAGGACAAAUAUUUACCGAAACAUAUAUCAAUAUCCUGAAGCAGCAAAGGUGCCAGGCAUUUUAAUUGUCAGAGUUGACUCUGCAAUUUACUUCUCCAACUCCAACUAUGUUAAGGAGAGGAUUUUGAGAUGGCUAACUGAUGAGGAGGAGCAACUGAAAGAAAACCAGCUACCAAGAAUCCAAUCUUUGAUAGUCGAAAUGUCACCUGUUACAGAAAUUGACACUAGUGGCAUCCAUGCCCUAGAAGAGUUAUAUAAGAACUUGCAGAAGAGAGAAGUUCAGCUUAAUCUGGCAAAUCCUGGGCAAGUUGUGAUUGACAAGCUCCAUGCAUCCAAUUUUGCAAACUUGAUUGGGCAGGACAAGAUCUUUCUCAGUGUUGCAGACGCAGUUCUAUCUUAUGCUCCAAAGAUGGAAGACCUUUAAGCGUUUGUGUGCUUGCGUCAACUCUAAAUCCAUUUCAAGAAUGAAAAAAAGGAGAAAUCCAUUGGACUAACUUGUGAAAUGCAUGUGCAGUGUGAAAAUUUCUCACUUCAUGAAAUGAGACCACUUGGUUUAUGGAUA